AUGGCCAGUCUACGAGACAAGGUGGUUCUUAUCACAGGCGCCAGUGGCGGGAUAGGAGCCGCGGUGGCGGCGCAGUUCGCUAAACACGGAUGUCGUCUGGCACUCAGUGGACGAAACGUGGAGAAACUGGAAGAAACCGCCACGAAAUGCAGGGAAACUGGUCUGAACAGUGAAAUGGUGUUUGUUGUGCCAGGAGAUAUAUCCCAGGAAGAAAUUGCAUCAGAUAUCUUAGAAAAAACUAUCGAAAAGUUUAAUCAGUUAGACAUUUUGGUCAACAAUGCCGGGGUAUUCUUGAUGGAUACUAUAGAAAAUCUGGACAUGGCCAACUUUGACCGUGUUAUGAAUAUUAAUUUCCGUGCGGCUGUGUAUCUUACUCACCUCGCUGUUCCGUAUCUUGUGGCUACUAAAGGAAAUGUAGUGAAUGUUUCGAGCACAGCCGCCGCCGUGCCAGGAAGCAUGAGGUUUACUUACGGUACUUCCAAGGCAGCACUGGAGCAUUUCACAAAGUCUGCAGCCCUGCAUUUGGGCCCCAAACAAGUGCGUGUCAACUGCAUCAGUCCUGGCUACGUGGACACAGACAUCCUACCUAACGCAGGGGUCGACCCGGAGACCAUUAAAGCACUAACGGGGCAGCUACAGGCAGUUCACCCCAUAGGAAGAUAUGGCAAGCCAGAUGAUAUAAGUGAGAUCAUAGUCGCCGUUGCUUCAGACAGCGCGCGGUUUAUGACGGGUUCCAUAGUGGCGGUAGACGGUGGAUUGCAAUUAAGUGCUGCAUUUUAA